AUGGCCGCCGCCCUCGACGAGGAAGAUCUUUCGAUCCCUCUCGCUCCCACCGACCGCGACCGUCCACGAGAUCGAGAACGUGAACGUACCAGCAAGGCUACCAGCUCCAACCCCUCCGCGAUGGCAAUGCCUCCGCCCUCGCGCCCGACCGGUCGCCCCGACCCCACGACCCAGUCCCCGGCCACUAUGCGGGAUAUGCAGCGCCUCGAUCAGUAUCAGACUGUCAAGAUACUAGGUGAGGGAUCGUUUGGAAAGGUCAAGCUUGCUAUCCACCAGCCAAGUGGACGGCAAGUGGCCCUGAAGAUCAUCUCACGGCGCAAGCUGCUGUCUCGGGACAUGGUUGGGCGCGUGGAGCGAGAGAUUCAGUAUCUGCAAUUGCUACGACACCCUCACAUCAUUAAAUUAUACACCGUGAUCGCCACCAAAACCGACAUUGUGAUGGUCCUCGAGUACGCCGAACGCGAAUUGUUUGAUUACUUGGUUCGAAAGGGAAAAUGUGGUGAUGAUGAGGCCCGCAAGUUCUUCCAGCAGAUUAUUUGCGCCGUCGAGUAUUGCCAUCGACACAAGAUUGUCCACCGUGAUCUAAAGCCCGAGAACCUGCUCAUCGACAGCACGAAGAGUGUCAAGAUUGCUGAUUUCGGAUUGAGUAACAUUAUGACGGACGGAAAUUUCUUGAAGACUAGCUGCGGAAGUCCGAACUAUGCUGCCCCCGAGGUCAUCUCCGGAAAACUCUAUGCCGGCCCAGAGGUCGAUGUUUGGAGUUGCGGUGUUAUUCUCUACGUGCUUCUGGUGGGCCGCUUGCCUUUUGAUGAUGAUUAUAUUCCCGCUCUCUUCAAAAAGAUCGCUGCUGGCAACUUCCACAUUCCCGGGUACAUUUCGCCUGGAGCAGCCCGGCUCAUUCGCGCCAUGCUUCAGGUCCACCCGGUGCACAGAAUUACCAUUCCAGAGAUUCGACAAGACCCAUGGUUCACCAAGAACCUCCCCAAGUACCUCGAGCCUCCACCGGAGGAGUUCAUUGCUACAGAUGUGGAUCUGAGUAAGAUUGACCCUCGCAAGGUCGGCUCUGGAAAGCCAGUCCCUGUGCAGCACAAGAUUCACCAAAUCGCUGUGUCCAAGCUGGAGCGGAGCAUGGGAUAUGAUCGGGAAGAUAUUGAAGAUGCCCUACGUCACCCGGAGCCUAGUGCGAUCAAGGAUGCCUUUUCGAUUGUCGUUGAAAACGAAAUGAUGCAGACCAAUUCUCCAACCGAUGACAAUAUCUUGGCUCAGAGUGUAUCAUCACCCCCGUCGAAAAUAACCGCACCAGCUCCUGCCCAAAGAGCCCCCGCAGCUCCAAGAUCCCAAGAACAGCCAGCUGCGGCACCUGCCCGAACCCCAAGUGUCUCACGCCGCCCACGACCAGAGGAAACUCAACAAGAUGACACCGACGAAUUUGAGCCCCUGCGUCUCAGCCAUGUCCGAAUUCUGCCUACAAGUUUGCCCUACGUCCACGAUCAGCUCAUGGAGCAACGUGACCGAGAACAGAGAGCUCGUCUCGAAGAGCGCCGACGGGAAGCAGCUCGUGCCGAGGAGGACCGCUCAGGGUCUGAACGCAGAGAACUGACUCCGGAAGAGCAGGCCGCCACAGCUCGUGCAUUGAAGCCUCAUUCUCGCAGUGUCGUCGAUCUGGAUAAGUUGAGAUUUGAACCGCCCAUUGGCCAUCCCAUCACACAACAGCCCAAGAGAUCCCGCAAAUGGCAAUUUGGUAUUCGCUCCCGGAAUCAGCCAUACGAGGCAAUGCUGUACCUUUACCGCGCGAUUGCUGCUCAAGGUGGAGUAUGGGAUAUUCAGCCUGUUGAGUCCGGCACAACCAUUGGGCCCGAUGCGACAUCAGACAAACCCAAGCCUCUGCAAAGCAAAUACCCUGAACUCCCAUCGGACUACUACAUUCCCAAGGAUCCCUGGUUUAUCCGCGCCCGCCUGCUAAAAGAAGGCGUCAAACCCCCCGGAGCAUCAACCAGUGUCUACAACAGCCGCAGCGACCUCGAAGAGCUCCGUCGGCGGUUCAACAUUUCCGGUAUUUCCGCCCCCGCCGAGGACAAGGACAAAGACAUCAAAUCCCCCACAUCCGACAACGGCGGCGUAUCCGCCCCCUCCUCCGCCUCGCAAAAUACCGGCUUACCCAGUAUUUCGCACGGAGUCUGGGUCUUUGUCGAUAUCCAGCUCUACCAACUCGAGGAGAACAACUACAUGGUUGACUUUAAGUGUGAUGGAUACCAAAACGUUAUUCGUGCCCAUGGUGAUACGGAGUGGCACCCGAUCAGCAAGCGCUUCAUGAACAAGGAGAAGGAGGUCACUAGCCCAUACCCAUUCCUUGAUGUGGCAUCGGAUCUUGUGGCACAGCUGGCCGUGGCUAGCUAG